AUGCCUUCACCUCUCGUUCGGUUCCUGGCACCCGGGCUUGUUAUUGUUCCCGGACCCCGGCACCAGGGCCCACCAUUGCCCCGGCUCCCAGCGGCUGGCCUUCACCACUCGUCUGGUUCCUGGCGCCUAGGCCCGUUAUCGUUCCUGGACCCCGGCUCUCGGGCCCCUCCUGACAGAGUGCCUUCACUUCUCGUCCGGUUCCCGGCGCCCGAGCCUGUUAUCGUUCCCGGACCCCGACUCCCGGGCUCCGCCCUCCUCCCGGCACCCAAGCCCACCAUUGCCCUGUUAUCGUUCCUGGAUCCAUUGCAUGUACUUCUAUCUGCACAUGUUUCAUGCCUCUACUCAAUUAGUUUGCAUAUGACAAAAGUGUUCCCCUUAGGCAGAAACAUGGUUGACAUGUGUACAACCACGUGGCGAGCGCAGAUAGACCUAGAAGAGAUAUGUCCAGUGCCGUGUACUUCCUUCAUCUCCGGUGCUGACACAUGUCCUCCAGUUGUCCCCCCAGGUAGUUACUAUAUAACUAGCUCAUGCUCUCCAGUGAAAGUUAGGGAAAGAGACCGGGGGAAGUACCCUGAGAGCGCCCAUUGCAAUCAGUGA